AUGAAUGAUGCAGAGACAAGGUACAUUCCUAUGGAAAAAUUAUGUCUUGCAUUAUUUUACGCUUGUACGAAACUUGAAUAUUAUCUAGCCCCGAGAGAAACAGAAGUGGUAUGUCACGUCGAUAUUUUGAGAUACCUUUUAAGCAGGCCAGCUUUAAGGGGAAGACAAGCAAAAUGGGCCGUAAAGCUAGCCGCGUUCAAUCUACGAUAUGUACCGAUCAAAGCUGUUAGGGGACAAUUCGUUGCUAAUUUUCUAGCAGAUCAUCCGAGCUCGGAAAUUGUCCAAGCGACUGACCGUAUGGAAGUUGUUAUCGGUCCAAUGCCGUGGAUCCUGAAGUUUGAUGGGUCCAGCAUGCAGAUGAGUGCUGGAGCUGGGGUAUUAAUCGAGAGUCCCUGGGGACAAAAGUGGACUGUUGCUAGGCCAUUAACACCCGGAUUCACUAACAAUCAAGCAGAAUACGAAGCCUUAUUAGUUGGAUUGAGAAUCCUACGUAAAAAAGGGGCUAAGGCGAUUAGAGCUCAAGGCGACUCACAACUAAUUUUGAAGCAGAUUACUGGAGAGUUCCAAUGCAAAGACGAGAGGAUGAGAAAUCUUCGAAUGGAAGUAGUUAGGAUGUUGCAAACCUUCGACGAUGCAGUGGUGGAAUUCAUACCUCGAGCCGAAAACAAGAUAGCUAAUGAUUUGGCCCAAGAAGCCUCUGGGUAUAAGUCAUCAUCCGCAGGAAACUUCAAAUCGGGCCGAGUAUACCUGUAUCCAGUGGAUGCAGAAGAUUGGCGCAUGGAACUAAAGAAAUACUUGGAACAACCAACCGGUGAAACUCCGGAAAAGCUGCGGAAAGAGGCUCUGAAGUAUACUCUGAUUGACGGAGAUCUUUUCCGCAGAGCCGCCGAUGGAAUGUUAAUGAGAUGCGUAGAUAAUCAAGAAGCUAUGAAGGUGAUGGGUGAGGUGCAUGAAGGAAUUUGUGGAGCGCACAAAUCCGGACCAAUCAUGAGAUGGACGAUCCGACGAUAUGGGUAUUUCUGGCCAUCAAUGACGGAAUAUUGUAUUAAGUAUGCUCAAGGAUGUGAAGCGUGUCAGCGGCAUGGUCCUUUGAUCCGAAUUCCGGCGGAAGAAUUGCACGCAGUGGUGAAACCAUGGCCAUUCCGGGGAUGGGCGAUGGAUAUCAUUGGGAAGAUCCAUCCGCCAUCUUCCAGACGCCACUCGUUCAUAUUGGUGGCCACGGACUAUUUCACAAAAUGGACAGAAGCUGUACCGUUGGCCAAUGUGACAUAUCAGGAAGUGAUCAAGUUCAUUAAGGAGCACAUUAUUCAUCGGUACGGAAUCCCGCAGACGAUUACCGCCGGUCAAGGCACUGUUUUACCAGCGACAGAGUGGCCGCCUUCGCCGCACAGUAUGGGAUUGCUCUUCUGCAUUCGUCCCCGUAUUAUGCGCAGGGAAAUGGGCAGGCCGAAGCCGCCAACAAAGUCUUAA